UUUCGCGGAGUGUGGGUCAGUUUUAUAUAAAGGAGUACAAUAUUGUGGAUUUUUGCCUUCUAGUUGCAUUGAUUUUUCAUCCUGGAGCUUGUAAGGUGUAAUUCGGUACCAGCAAAGAUGUCUUUAGCCAGUGUCCAUCAUCCAGCUGACAUUCAUUCGAGCCAUAGCUCCCUGACCACAAUGAGCCACAGCCUCGAAGACAUCGCCUCCUGGGGCUUCAACCACGCCGACACUAUGCUAACAAUCGAAGAGCUCCGCGAUCAGCUCAACUGCUGCUUCACCUGCGGAGUCUCGUGGGCGGAUCGUCACGUUUCUCUGGAUUGUUCCGAGUGCGGAGGCUACUCGAUGGAGAGACCUUGCCCUAAGUGCGAAGGGGCUUGCGGUUCGACGUGGAAACGUGAUUUGAGCACCUCGCACUCGAGCAACAAAGCCAAGUGGACCGGCGAGUGCCGUCGCUCGCAACCCGAAAAGAGCGAGUCGGGCUCCGCCUCCCCUGUCAGCCAGGAGCUCAGUAAACGGCUGGAACGUUUGAGCGCCACUUCGUGACGUCAUUUUACCCUAUAACUUUAGUUUUAAUUUAAGCUAAGCUAAUACAGGGAGUUAUUUAUUUUACACGUGUGUUAAUAAUAAAAUAUCAAACCCUCGAAAUUUCUUGUGUGUUCAAGGAAUAGAUUCAAAUUGUUUUACAUUAAAACCUUUAGUUAAGUUUAAUUGAUAAUGCUUUUAUAACCAAAAAAAAAAAAAAUCAAGGUACCACCCAACAUGUUCGCUACGUUUACAUCAUUUUUUGUUUUUUGGUCGAGGCCUCAAAAAAACUGUCUUCAAUCAAAGAAACCCUUGUAAUCGCAGUGGCUAUAGUUAAUUCUAUCUCAUCGUUUCUAAGUAAAUUAUUGAUAAUUGAUAUUGGUAAAAUCAAAUCGUUGUACGUUUUUUUUUAUAUUCAAUGUAGUUUAGUAUAUUACUAGAAAUAGUAUAUAAUACGAAUAUUGAUUUUCUUCUAUGUAUGACUGAACAUUAUUAAGUGUAAUAACUGUAUUGUUUAAUAAAUAAAUCUAUAUAAGAA